CGUCGGACUCUCAUUUAGAAAGUCAAUGCAGGACCAGUCACAGCGACCGUUUCGGAUGCUCUAUGGAGGUUCUCCUUGACAGGACGUUGUAAAUACCUGCUCCGACUAAGCUCACCCCUCCACUAGUGACCAGAUCGCAAUGUUUACAUCUCGCCAUGCCGAGGACCAAUUCCGCCUGCGCAUGCACCGUGCUCGCAGCGUCGAAUUGACGAACGAAGAACUGGUCGAAGUCCGCGCCGCCCAACGUACCUUCGAGGGUGCAUAUAUACGAACCUCGCUGUCCCAAUUUUCUUUUGCGCUCGUUGUACUCAAGAUCUUCACCUCCGAAUUCUACAGCAUAGGAGCUUUAUUCGCAGUGUAUGGUGCGGGAGUUCUGCUGGUCAGCGCGUACCGCAGGCAACAAGGGAACAAACAAUUCUUCAACGAGAUUGGAGAUGACGGAUUGGGCAGAAAGAGAUUCAGGACCAGUGGAAACGUGGUGGUUGUCCUGACAGCGCUGAGUAUUGGGGCGUAUAUCACGUUAUUGGUUCUGACGUUGAGGUUGGAAAAUUGACAGGCAAGAAAUCCGGGGACAUGAAGAUACCAAACUUGCCCAGCUACCAUAUGAAGAUACAUGUCUUUGGUUGUGUGUGAUACCCGAGCUAAGGCGCGUCGGAAACUCACAUUCCUUCAUCAGGGUGACUCAUGCACCACAUUGUGAGGGAUUGCUUGUAUGAUGUGCAUCAGCAAGAACAUAUGUAUGGACAACCAUGUCUCUACCGGCGGGCACAUAUUACGGAUAUGGAUACUCUACUUGAACUCCCAGAGGACAGCUUCGCUUACCAACCUGGAAGUCAAAACAUCGGUUUACUGAUGCGCACUAUCCAAAUCGUGACAGGCUGGGAGAUCCCUUCCAGACGCCUGAUGCGAAUCACAGGACGAAAAGGAGUACGCCAAAAGGACUCGACGACCCAAAUCCUCCUUUUGCAGCGGCGCUGCUAGUCCGAGAAGUCAUUGGAAGAGCCCACGGGUAGCAUUCACUCAUACCCACAUCCACUGGUCAAGACUGCCUUGGAAAGCAACACUCAGAGAGACACUACGAGAUUAUGAAGGACUCAGAGCAGGCGUCCAAACAACCCUGACCCAACAAAUGGGAGCACCGCUCUGCUUUACCAAUUUUUCUGGAAAGAGACCAACAAAAGUACAGCUUCAUCAAGCAUCAGGCUACAUGGACCUAGGGAAAGGACGACGGCUGAUGGACGUAUUCUGGGGUUGACAGCUCUCGUUUCUGACCCUGUCGUAAUGGCACGAUCAAUAACGAGGAAAGGGGCUAUUCUGCGACGUAUUGUAUUUGUAUCUCAUUCUUCAUAUGAUUGUAACCUCUCAACC